AGGAGCGCGCAUGCCCCCAAGUCGCUCGGCAGCUGCUUCGCGGACGGCGAGAAAGGGGCACUUGCAGGCGGCGGAGCAGCGGCGCUGAUGGCGAGCGGGGUUAUCAAAUGCAAGGCAGCUGUUGCCUGGGAAGCGGGUAAACCACUGUCCAUUGAGGAGGUGGAAGUUGGACCACCUAAAGCUCAUGAAGUUCGUAUCAAGAUCGUUGCCACUGCUGUUUGUCACACGGAUGCCUAUACUCUAAGCGGUGCUGACCCUGAAGGGAGUUUUCCUGUUAUCCUGGGCCAUGAAGGAGCAGGGAUUGUGGAGAGUGUUGGGGAAGGAGUGACCAAAUUCAAACCAGGAGACACAGUAAUCCCUUUGUACAUCCCACAAUGUGGAGAAUGCAAGUUUUGUUUAAACCCUAAAACCAAUCUCUGCCAGAAAAUAAGAGUCACCCAAGGAAAAGGAGUGAUGCCCGAUGGUACCAGUAGGUUCACAUGUAAAGGAAAACAGGUUCUCCACUUCAUGGGGACAAGCACUUUCUCGGAGUACACCGUUGUUGCAGACAUUUCUCUGGCGAAAAUAGAUGCUUCUGCUCCCUUGGACAAAGUCUGCUUGCUGGGAUGUGGGGUUUCUACAGGCUAUGGAGCAGCCUUGAACACUGCAAAGGUGGAGCCUGGCUCUACUUGUGCUGUCUUUGGCUUGGGUGGAGUUGGGCUAGCAGUAAUCAUGGGCUGCAAGGUGGCAGGUGCAUCCCGGAUCAUCGGGAUUGACCUCAACAAGGACAAAUUUGCAAAAGCCAAGGAAUUUGGGGCCACAGAGUGCAUCAGUCCCAAGGACUUCGAGAAGCCCAUUCAGGAGGUCCUGGUGGAGUUGACGGAUGGAGGAGUAGAUUACUCAUUUGAGUGCAUCGGUAACGUUGGUGUCAUGAGAGCAGCCUUGGAAGCAUGCCACAAAGGUUGGGGAGUGAGUGUCAUAGUUGGUGUUGCUGCUUCCGGUCAAGAAAUUGCCACCCGUCCAUUCCAGCUAGUCACUGGAAGAACAUGGAAAGGGACUGCCUUUGGAGGUUGGAAGAGUGUAGAGAGUGUUCCGAAGCUGGUAGCAGAAUACAUGUCCAAAAAGAUAAAAGUGGAUGAAUUUGUGACUCACACUUUACCGUUUAACAAAAUCAAUGAGGCUUUUGAACUCAUGCAUGCUGGAAAGAGCAUCCGAAGUGUCCUUAAGUUUCAAGAAGCCUGAAGAAACCUUCCACCGCAGUUCAACUCAGUGCAACAGUAAUUCAGGAUGCGUUGGUCAAAAAUGAUUUAGGAAAAGCUGUUCUAGUUAGAAGCAUCACCUGCUCUUGACAAUGUGAAAACACUGAUCUUAGACACAGCUAAUAUCUGUUCAUGUCUUACUGUACCACUAAGUGCCAGAAAUCUCUGCAGUUAAACAGUUUAUUGACUGCUGUUAGACUGAACUCAAGUACAAUCGGUGUCUUUUUGUUCUAAAAUAUCCUGCAAUUGGGAGGUAUUAACCCGAGUAGAAGAAUCAUGAUUAAAACCUUUUUCCUACAUAGGCA